GCAAAACCAAUACAAUAUUGUAAAGUUAAAAAAUAAAAUAAAAAAAGAUACUUUUUCACUCUUAGAGCACCUAAGGGUUUUAGGAGUUCUCUAACAGCAACAGCAUGAAGACUAAGUAUUCUAAAUAUAAGUCACUACAUCACAGUCUUCGAGGCUCAUCCAUACUGCAGUACAUGGCAGAAUUUCCUUUCUUUUUAAGGCUGAAUGAUACUCCACUGCAUGUUUAUACCACACUUUAUUCAUUCCAGAAAUAAUACUUUUGAAUGCAUUUUUCUUCAUAUAUAUUCAUAUGGGCUUCAUAUAUGGGGAAAACGUUUUAAGUUCUUUAUUUCCCUCUUGUACUGAUACCUGCUUACUAGCUCAUUUAAAAUUUAUUUAGUUGAGAGAUAAACAAAGUAAACCUUGACUUCUUGCUUAUGUACUUUUCUUUGUGCAUGGGUUCACUGCUGAGUAACUCCUUCAUGCCACAAGAAGAACGUGUUUUGGUCUUUCCUUUUCCCUCCUCUUAUCAAAACAGGAUUCCUCCAGGGCCAGCCUAGCAGUAGAACAGACACCAGGGAGCCUGAGGCUGUCAUCUAAGUAGCCUGACUAGCUUUGUCUCUGUCAUCUAUGCUCAUCUCCACUGACCAGUAUUGGCCACUAGCUCAGUGUGUCUCGUGAUUGGGCGGGGGAGGAGGGGGUAGUUUAUCCCAGGUAAGCUCCCCCAGGAUUCUGCUCCAUUCCAGUUGGAGACCUUCCCACAGUGCCCUUGUUUGGUCCUGAUGAGGGCAGCGUGCCCAGAGGGUGAGCUGCUAUCUCCUUCUGCCAGCUUUCUCUGUCUUCACCACAGCUGAGGGGCGUUUCUGCUGCAGCCUGCCCCUCCCUCUCCAUUUUCUGGGUGGGGGCCUGGGCUCAGAGUUUGGUAGAGUUUGCAGCCCAGUUUGGGAACGUGGGCGCCUGGGGUCCUGCGCCCCGUGCCUUGCGGUUCCCGCACCGCCUUCAUCAGCGGCGCCUGCGGCCUCGCUUCACACCUGCGUGUGGCCCGGGGCUGCCCCCACCCCACGUCCCCGGCCUGCGCUGGUCCAGGCCGGCAAGAUGCAGCCGGUGUCCCCGGAGGAGAAGCCCAACCCGCUGCAGGACGCGAACGUCUGCUCCCGGCUGUUCUCCUGGUGGCUAAACCCCUUGUUUAAAAUUGGUUAUGAACGGAAAUUAAAACCAGAUGAUUUGUACUCAGUGCUUCCAGAAGAUCGCUCCCAGCACCUUGGAGAAGAGCUGCAAGGGUACUGGGAUCGAGAAGUUUUGAGAGCCAAGAAAGAUGCACGGGAGCCUUCUUUAAAGAAAGCAAUCAUCAAGUGUUACUGGAAAUUCUAUUUCAUUCUGGGACUACUUACAUUUCUUGAGGAAGGCACCAAGGUGGUUCUGCCCAUAUUUUUUGGGAAAAUUAUUAGUUAUGUUGAAAACUAUGAUCCCAAUGAUUCUGCCGCUUUGCACGAAGCCUACGGCUAUGCAGCAGGGCUGAGCACCUGCAUGCUCAUAUGGGCUGUUCUGCAUCACUUGUGCUUCUACCACAUGCAGCGCGUGGGGAUGAGGCUGAGAGUAGCCGUGUGCCAUAUGAUCUACCGCAAGGCCCUUCGCCUGAGUAGCUCAGCCAUGGGGAAGACCACCACAGGCCAGAUAGUCAACCUGCUGUCCAACGAUGUGAACAGGUUUGACCAGGUAACACCGUUCUUGCACUAUCUGUGGGUGGGGCCACUGCAGGCUGUCGCAGUGACUGCCCUGCUCUGGAUGGAAAUAGGAAUAUCAUGUCUUGCCGGGAUGGCGGUUCUGAUUAUUCUUCUGCUUUUGCAAAGCUGCUUUGGGAAGUUGUUUUCAUCACUCCGGAGUAAGACCGCUGCUCUCACAGAUGAGAGGAUAAGGACCAUGAGUGAAGUCAUAACUGGCAUCAGAACAAUAAAAAUGAAUGCUUGGGAAAAGUCAUUUAUAGACCUUAUUACCAGACUGAGAAGUAAGGAAAUUUCCAAGAUUCUGAGAAGUUCCUACCUUAGGGGCAUGUAUUUGGCAUCAUUUUUCACUGUGAGCAAAAUCAUGAUUUUUGUCACCUUCAUCACCAAUGAGCUCCUUGACAACCGGAUCACAGCCAGCCAAGUGUUUGUGGUGGUGACGCUGUUCGAGGCUUUGCGGUUCUCGAGCACCCUCUACUUCCCCCUGGCCGUUGAGAAGGUGUCAGAGGCCGUCGUCAGCAUCCAAAGAAUCAAGAAUUUUUUAUCACUUGAUGAAAUACCACAGCUCAACACUCAGCUGCCAUCAGAUGGUGAAAUGAUGGUGGACAUGCAAGAUUUCACUGCUUUUUGGGAUGAGGAAUCGGAAUCACCAACCCUAAAAGGCCUUUCAUUUACUGUCAGACCGGGUGAACUGUUGACUGUGGUUGGACCUGUGGGAGCAGGAAAGUCGUCACUGUUACGUGCUCUGCUGGGGGAGCUGGUCCCUAGCCAGGGGAAGGUCAGCGUGCACGGGAGGAUCGCAUAUGUUUCUCAGCAGCCCUGGCUGUUUCCAGGAACUGUGAGAAGUAACUUUUUAUUUGGGAAGAAAUAUGAAGAAGAGAGAUAUAAAGAAGUAAUAAAGGCUUGUGCUUUGGAAGAGGAUUUGCAGAAUUUGAAGGAAAGAGAUCUAACUGUGAUAGGAGAUGGAGGAACCCCACUGAGCGAAGGACAGAAAGCCCGGGUCAGCCUCACCAGAGCCAUCUAUCAAGAUGCAGACAUCUACCUCCUGGACAAUCCACUCAGCGCAGUGGACGCAGGAAUCAGUAGACUCUUGUUAGAACAGUGUAUUCGUCAGGCCUUGAAGGAGAAGAUCACAAUCUUAGUGACUCAUCAGCUGCAGUACCUAAAGGAUGCAAGUCAGAUUCUGAUACUGAAAGAUGGCAAAAUGGUGAAAAGGGGGACUUAUUCUGAGUUCCUGAAAUCUGGGGUAGAUAUUUUUUCCCUUUUUGAGAAGGGGAAUGAGCAGUCUGAACCAUCUCCAAUUCCAGGAACUCCCACUCUGAUCUCCGAGUCUUUGGGUCAGUCUCUCCAGUCUCCCAGACCCUCGUUGAAAGAUGUGGCUCCAGAAGACCAAGAUACUGAGAAUAUACAGGUUACACUACCUCUAGAGGACCAUUUGGAAGGAAAAGUUGGUUUUAAGACCUAUAAGAAUUAUUUCACAGCCGGUGCUGACUGGCCUGUCGUCAUCUUCCUUAUUCUAGUAAGCUUUGCAGCUCAGGUUGCCUGUGUCCUGCAGGACUGGUGGCUUACAGACUGGGCGAAUGUACAAAGUGACCUGUAUUCUGGGGCUUUAGUAAAAGAUGUCAAUGCGAUGCUUGUUCUAAACUCGUUCUUAGGAGUUUAUUCAGGGUUAACUGUAUCUACCGUCCUUUUUGGCAUUACAAGGUCUCUGUUGAUAUUCUACAUCCUUGUUAAUUCUUCACAAACUUUGCACAACAAAAUGUUGGAGACCAUUUUGAGAGCCCCAGUAUUGUUCUUCAGUAGAAAUACAAUAGGAAGAAUUUUGAAUCGUUUCUCCAAAGACAUUGGGCAUAUGGAUGACUUGCUGCCCCUGAUAUUUCAAGAUUUCAUCCAGAUGUUUCUACUUGUGAUUGGUGUGGUGGGUGUGAUGGUGGCUAUGAUUCCUUGGAUGGCUAUACCUGUCAUUCCCCUUGGCAUCAUUUUCUUUGUUCUCCGGCGAUAUUUCUUAGCGACAUCACGAGAUGUGAAACGCCUGGAAUCCACAACACGGAGCCCAAUGUUUUCCCACUUAGCAUCUUCUCUCCGGGGACUCUGGACCAUCCGGGCAUACAAAGCUGAACAGAGGUUUCAGGAAGUAUUCGACACAUGCCAGGACUUGCACUCAGAGGCUUGGUUCCUGCUUUUGACGACGUCCCGAUGGCUCGCUGUGUAUCUGGAUGUCAUCUGUGCCAUCUUUGUCACUGUUGUUGCCUUUGGGGCCCUGACUCUGGCAGAAACUUUGAACCCCGGGGAGAUUGGCCUGGUGCUCUCUCUCUUGCUCACGCUCACACUCACGGGGAUGUUCCAGUGUUGUGUCAGGCAAAGCAUCGAAACUGAGAAUAUGAUGAUUUCAGUAGAAAGGGGGAUUGAAUAUACAGAGUGUGAGAAAGAAGCACUCUGGGAAUACAAGUUUCGACCACCACCAGCCUGGCCCCAUACAGGCGUGAUUGACUUUUACAAUGUGAACUUCAGAUACAGCUUAGAUGAGCCUCUGGUAUUGAAGGACCUGAUACCAUGCAUAUUCUCAAGUGAAAAGGUUGGCAUCGUGGGAAGAACGGGAGCUGGAGAAAGUUCCCUCAUCGCUGCCCUUCUUAGGUUGUCAGAGCCUGAAGGUAGAAUUCUAAUUGAUGGCAUCUGGACAACUGAAAUUGGACUUCACGAUUUAAGGAAGAAAAUGACAGUUGCACCUCAGGUGCAACUUAAAGAUGCCAUUGAAGGUCUUCCUGGUAAAAUGAAUGCUGAAUUAACAGAAUCUGGAUUAAACUUGAGUUCUGGACAGAGACAAUUGGUGUGUCUUGCUAGGGCUAUCCUCAGAGAAAAUCGGAUAUUGAUUAUUGACAAAGCCACAUCAAAUGUGGAUCCAAGAACUGAUGAGUAAAUACAAAAAAAAAUUCAUGAGAAAUUUGCCCAGUGUACUGUGCUAACCAUCACACACAAGUUGAGCAAUGUCAUUUACUGUUCACGGAUAAUGGUUUUGGAUUCAGGGAGACUGGAAGAACAUGAUGAACCAUUUGUUUUGCUGCAAAAUAGAGACAGCCUGUUUUACAAGAUGGCGCAACAACUGGGCGAGGCGGAGGCUGCUGCCCUCACUGAAAGGGCAAAACAGGUGCACACUGAAAGGAAAUAGCCAGAUAUUACAGUGACCGUGUGAUUAUGAAUAUUUCCAGUGGACAGCCCUCAACCUCAACAAUUUUUGAGUCAAAAUUCUGUUUCUACCAUGAGUUCAUGUCUAUUCCAAAGGCAUUUUUCCAAUACGUUUUUGCACUGCAUAAAUUAUAUUAUACAUUUUUUUACACUAGCAACAAAUAUUUACAUAUUCCAAGAUGUUAAUCUAUAAUUUUUUCCUCCAACUUCACUCAGUGAUUUCAAGCUCUUGCAAAAUGAUUUAUUAUGUUUAUUUAUAUGUUAAACUAUUUUCUUUCUUAUCCAAAUCAGAAGUUGCAGGCCAUCAAUAAAAGCUGUCUCCCAGGUUUUGUAUCUUGAGAGACUCCAGAGCCAAACUGAUUUUCUAAGAUUUGAGACAAAGUUGUCACAGAUUAUUUUUUUACUAUUCCCAGAAUUAUAUAUUACUUUCCAAUUACAUCAAGGAUUCUGUUUACUUGAAGACUGUGUGAAGUUGCCGUUUUGUGCAACCACUUCCUUUAACAGACCUACUGUCCAUUUUUCCACUCAAAGACCUCUAGUUAAAAUACUACAGA